AUGGGAAUCUUUUUCUCUCUCCUAAUGGGAAUCUUUUUCUCUCUCCUAAUGGGAAUCUGUUUCUCUCUCGUAAUGGGAAUCUGUUUCUUUCUCGAGAUAGGAAUUUUUUUUCUAUCUCCUAAUAUGUUUCGCACUCGUAAUGGGAAUCUCUUUCUCUCUCGUAAUGGAAAUCAGUUAUUCUCUCGUAAUGGGAAUCUGUUCUCUCUAUCAAAAUCUUUCUGUUCUUUAUUUGCCUGUUUUUCUUUCUUCCUUUUCUUCUUUCUCUGCCUGUUUCUCCCUCUUUUACUUUGUUUUUGUUUAUUUCUUUCUUUCUGUCUGUUUUCUUUCUUUCUCUUUGUUUUUUGCUUUCUUUCUUUCUUUCUUUCUGUCUGUCUGUCUGUCUGUCUACCUGAUCUACUUUGCCUGUUUGUCUUUCUUUCUCUUUGUUUUUCUUUCUUUCUUUCUUUCUUUCUUUCUUUCUUUCUUUCUUUCUUUCUUUCUUUCUUUCUUUUUGCCUGUCUGCCACUCCCUCUGUUCUUUUUUUUUUUACCGUUUUUCUUUUCUUUGUUUUUCUUUCUUUUCUUUGUCUUUUCUUUCUUUCUUUCUUUCUUUCUUUUCUGUUCUUUCUUUCUUUCUUCCUUUCUUUUCUGUUCUUUCUUUUUCUUUUUUUCUUUUCUUCUUUUACUUAUUGUUCCUAUCUAUCUAUCUAUCUAUCUAUCUAUCUAUCUAUCUAUCUAUCUACCUAUCUAUCUAUCUAUCUAUCUAUCUAUAUAUAUAUAUAUAUAUAUAUAUAUAUAUAUAUAUAUAUAUAGUUAG